AGAGAAAUAAAUAGAAGUUGAGUCAUUUAAUGGUGGAGGGAGGGAGAGCUUCUUCUCCAAUCAACGACUCAUUCUAAUUUGGUCUUCCUCUUCUCUCACCCCCUUCCUUCAAUACGACUGCGUUUCUUCCAUUUUCUUCAUCAUCCAUCCUCUCAACACCAGAUUACAAACACACAAAACACAAAAAAAGUUUAGGUAAAAAAUAAAUUAUCUCCUUUCUCUUUGUUUGUCUCUAAAAGUUUUAGGCUUUUCAGCCUCUCUGAUCGUUAUCCGAUCUCAAAGGAAAAUUGCAAUAAUAAUAAAAAAAAAAGAAUCGAUUUUUAUAUAUUUCAGGCGAAUUCGAACAUUCAAAUGGGUAGCUGCGUCUCUAAGGGGAAAGGAGACGAUGAUUCCAUCCACAACGUUGAGUUUUCCGGUGGCAAUGUUCAUCUGGUUACAACCAAAGAGAUCUGGGAUGACAAAUUAGCUGAAGCUGCCCGUGAUGGCAAAAUCGUGGUUGCAAACUUCAGCGCGACAUGGUGUGGUCCUUGUAAGAUUGUGGCACCAUUCUACAUCGAGCUCUCAGAGAAACACACUAAUAUCAUGUUCCUUCUUGUAGAUGUUGAUGAACUCAGCGAUUUUAGCUCAUCAUGGGACAUAAAGGCAACACCAACCUUCUUCUUCCUAAAGAAUGGACAGCAAAUAGGCAAGCUUGUUGGAGCUAACAAACCAGAGCUACAAAAGAAGAUUACUUCUAUCAUUGAUUCUGUGCCUGCUAGUCCUCAACGGUCUUGACUCUACUAGCACCCCUUUUGUAUCUUCUGAGGUCUGUUCUUUGUGUCUUCUUCACCGUGUGAUCAAUUUGGUUGUGUAAUGUAAAAUGUUUAAAAAGAUCACUAAAAACAAUUGAGUUAGAGAAGAGCUUCCUGUUUUUAUAUAAUAUGCAUCUUUUUUCGAUUC